AUGUCACAGCAGUCCACUGGGACGGGAGAUCGACAACAGCGAGGCCUUGCCACUGCGAAGGCCAAACCCAAGAACCCUACCAAGACCAGGUCUCGUAAUGGCUGCCCACAGUGCAAGGCCAAACGCCUCAAAUGUGAUGAGACGAAGCCUGAAUGCCUUAUGUGUGUGAGAAAUGGCAGGACUUGCCCCGGCUACACGCAGUCAUUUAAAUGGUCUACCAAGCACGAGAAGAGCCUGGUAGGGAAAGCCAAAGGUCCCUCGAAUCUCAGAGACUUGGUCACCGCGACUUCCAAGGCAAUACCCAGGGACAACAGCCAAGGGCAGAAGAAACCCCCGGGUUCAAUAGGAGACACCCCCAUUGACUCGGAUUCUACCUUGAAUAAUCCUUCAGCGUUGGGUGGCAAUAGCCACCCGGAUGUCUUGGUCGGUAUUACCGACGAGUCUUCGCCGCCGACAUUAGACAACUUGAUGCUCCCGGAAUACGACUACGGGAUAGCAGAUUUGCUCCAGGAUAUAUGGCAAGAGGAUCCUCAGUCUCAUGAGAUAGUGCCGGCGGGGGCUUCAAAGAACGAUAUCCAGUUCUCUGACCAGUCAUUCUCGCUCUUCAACACUCCAGGAGACCAGUCCCCUUUCUCAUUUUGGACUGCUGGCCCAGCUGCCAGCCCCAAAUACCAACCAAUAUUUUCACAAAUUCCGCGCACGAUCAAUGACAGUGCAUCUAUCUUGGUGGAAGAAUGGUUCCGUCGGGUCUGCUCCAUGUGGUCAGGGUUUGACUCUGACGUGAAUCUGAACCGGAGGCUAGCACAUGAGUCUUGGACCAAGAGCGAAGCAGUAAGAAGCUGUCUUCAGAGCAUGUCAGCAGUAUGCCUCAGCAGUCAGAUGCCGCAGAUGAGACAGGUUGCUGUUUCGCAUCUCAGGUCAGCAAUCAAAGCAAUCCAGAAAGACCUCCAAGUCGCGCAGAAACAGCCGGUCGGAACGUUUCCUACUGAGCUCCUUUUGGCGUUGUGCUGCGUUGGAACUGCGGCGUGCUGGAUUGAUACCAAAGAGAUAGGGGGCUCCUUUUUACGGGAAGCGAAACACAUUCUGAGGCGAAUAAACCUGGAUUCGAACAACUUGUCCAUUCAGGAUCGACAGAUGAUGUCUUUCUUCAACAAUAGUGUCAUAUACUGGAACAUGCUUGUAGCGGUUGUCUCCGACGAAAAGGACGACUUGGGCAUUCCCAAACUCAAGGAGCCCUCGAAUAAGGAGCUGACCCGCCCAAUCAUACCGCACCCUUGGACAGGCAUUUCUGCUAAUGCCCAAAGCCUGUUCACGCAAGCAGUGCGGCUCUGUCGUAGAUUCCGGCGUCAUCACAAGCCAGGAGCUGUCUCCACCAAGAAGAGCCUGGAGACCCUGUUAAAGGAUAUCAAAGAAGCGCAAGACAUCGAAGAACAGCUUCUGAGUAUCGAGCAAUACGAUCCCCACGAUAUCAGCGACACUGGGGAUCGAAUGUCACCAAAAUCACAUUUCAUUGACGUCGCUGAAGGUUACCGAUUGGCAUCUCUACUCCAACUAUACCAGACCUUCCCAGACUUGGUUGCUCGACGCCUUCCUCAAGACGCCACGGAGCUUGCCGGGUUUGUACCUUGGGACAACUGGAUAGUCCCCCUCAGCCUUCGCCUAGUCAAGACUCUGCAAGGGAUUCCGAUUAACUCUGGAACCAGGUGCAUCCAGCCGUUGCUAUACCUGUCAGCGAGUACUGGGCUCCGAUUUGAUACAGAAACUCUCAUGCAGCAACGCUUGGCAGAACGCGCAAUGAGCGAUCUGUCAAGUAUGCAUUCUGGAGCUUCAAGUAGCCCCGACCCGACCAUUCCUUCGUCCUUGGACAAUGGUAACUCCGAGGAACCCCAAAUAACUAUCACGAGACUAUCUAUCGAAGUGACUUAUGCACGACGCUUUGUUAUGGAAAGACUAAGUGCGCUUGAGCAUACCCUCCCACCAGCCCCUGUACGCGUCGCCAAGAGCUUGGUACAAGCCAUCUGGACUAGUUAUGAUUCAGAGAAGCCGGGAGCCAACUACACUCAUUGGAUUGAAGUCAUGGAGGAGUCCAAUCUGCGCACAAUAUUUGGCUAG